AUGUGGAAAUCUGCUUUUCUGGGAGAGUUGACUCCAAAGGUAUAUGGAUCGGUGGUAAUACUAACUUGUGUCUAUUUGGGCGGAUUAAAGGACAACAACUGAGGUGUAAGGCUGGUUGUUCCGGUGACACAAAUCACUUCAGGGUUUUUUGGCCGAUAAAAUCCUUUCUAGAAAAUCUCUAUCAGGAACUUAGAAACACCCCAAUCUUGGUGCAAAGAUUAAGACGUGAAUUCACUUCAACAGCUUAUGCAGUGAAGCUUUUUAACUAAAUAGAACUAAAUGGUAACGGACUUCACGGACAUGAGAUAAGGAGCUGAUGGGUGAUUUCAGAAAAAAAAAAUCCUGUGGACUGAUUUCGAGGCGAAAAAAUUUAUUGCAAGGAAAUACAUGGCGAAAAAAAUAUCUUUCAUGGCCUAUAAUAAUGAAAAACAAUUCUUACACCGUUGUACUUCAGGAAAAAAAAUAUAUCACUACCGGAGGUUUGGGCGGAAAACAUUCUUUCCCGGACCAAAUCACCCAUACCACCCCCCCUCCCCCUCAAAAGUCAAAUGGUCGGCCCCUAACGGCUACAUGCUGCUCCAAUGACGUAAUUGUCCAGUUUAACUUAUCAUUGCAUUAUAUUGUGUAAAGCUUUUGAAAUUUUUAUCUCGUUUAUCAUUUUACAUUUGGGUGACUUCAUAAAUGAAGAUACGUUGUCUUCUUUCUCUUACCCUGCAGGUCAUUCAUAUAAUCAUCAGCCAGUUGGAAGAAGCUCCAGUUUCUUCUAACCCACACACUAUCGGCCUCGAGCUCUUGGGCGGAGAAAUCAACCGUAAGUCACGUGAUUCUUGCGCCUACGUGCACAGAGAUGCACUUUAUUUGUUCAGUGUGCAGGCCGUGUGGACGCCUGAAGACGAGGCUAAAGGUAAUGCGCAUGCGUGCAGGCGGUGGGCAGAAGAGACGGCCCGGUCAUUACUGCCUCACUCACUUGGCUCAUAUCAGAAUUAUGCUGACUGUGGAGAAAAAAAUAGGGCACAACGCCUGGAAAACUAUUUUGGCAAGCCAAAUAUCCAGAGGUUGAAGGAACUGAAAGAGGAGUAUGAUCCGCUUGGCACAUUCACCAGAGAACAUUUCAGACUUUGA